AUGACCAACGCUCAAACCCAAGUGGAAUCCGCUCAGCAAGACCAACCUUCGAUCCCCGCGAUCGCAGACAUUCUGCCCUCGUUCCGUCUCGACGGCCACGUCACAGUGGUCACAGGCGGCUCCGGCGGUCUCGCACACACUUUGACCCAGGCUCUACUGGCGCAGGGCUCGGAAGUGGCACUGCUGGACCUCAGCGUCGAAAGACUCGAGUACACGGCUCGCGAAAUGCAAGAGUUCUUGAAAGCCAACAAACUGCCCAAACUCACAAUCUCGACGUGGCCCUGCGAUAUCGGUGACGCCGCCAUCGUCGACGAAGUCGUGCGUGCCAUUCCGCUCAAACACAACGGCCUGGUCGCCGACAAGCUGGUGCACACCGCCGGCUACUGCCAAAACACGCCCGCCUUGGACUACGACGCGCGCCAGGCUGAACUGCUGGUCCGUGUCAACCUCAUGGGCUCCCUCUACGUGUGCCAGUCCAUGUCGCGUCUGCUGAUGCAGCGGUCGCAACGCCGUCGUUCCGUGUCGUCCGACUCCAGCGAGGCCGCAGAAGCGUGUCCCCAGCUGUCCAACGUCUCGUACGUGCUCAUCGGCUCCAUGUCCGGCUGCAUCGUCAACAACCCACAACCACAGGUCGCCUACAACAUGGCCAAGGCCGGUGUCAUCCACAUGGUCAAGUCGCUGGCGUGCGAAUGGGCCCGCUACGGUAUCCGUGUGAACUCCAUCUCGCCCGGCUACAUCGCCACUGCGCUCACCAAAAAGGUCAUUUCGGGAUCUCCCGAAGGUGCCGCGUUGCAGCAAGAAUGGACCUCGCGUGUGCCCAUGGGCCGUAUGGCCGACCCACGCGAAUUCGUCGGCGCCAUGUUGUAUCUGCUGAGCGCCUCGGCCUCCAGUUACACUACGGGUGAGAACCUCGUCAUCGACGGUGGGUACACUUGCUGGUAG